AGAGUGAGGGAGGCAGGUGUGGGCAGACAGGCCAAGGACACGGCUAAAGCUUGGUGACCACCACGGCUUGGUGAAGCAGCGCAUGUUCUGGCGCCCCUCGCCUGUGUCUCUAGUGUUGGUGCGUGGCAGGGCUUGGUGACCGCCACCGGGGCAGAGCCGGGCCGGGGUGAGGGCCUCAGGUGGGAGUGAGGGUCGAGAGGACAGACCUUGAAUAGCUGCUUUAAAAAUGGCUGAUCCGGAGAAGGGAGCACCAGCACCUGCCAUGGAGGAGGACAUUGAUGAGGAGGACGUGGAAGAUGUGGAGGAUGAGGAAGGAGGUGGGGAGCGCAAGGAACUGGUUGACAAGCUGAUGAAGGACCCUCAGGUGCUGGCUGCCCUUCAGACCAAACUCCGUCGCUACCUUGGCACACCCUCGGGUUAUAUUAGUUCUUUGCCUGUAGCAGUAAAGAGACGUAUAAAGGCACUGAAAAAGCUGCAACUUCAGUACACAGACCUCGAGGCUGCAUUCUACAAAGAAGUUCACGCACUGGAGGUGAAGUACGACAAGAUGCACCAGGCCCUGUACGAAAAGCGUCGGCAUGUGGUGACCUCCGAGUACGAACCCAACGAUGAAGAAUGUGACUUCCCCUCUGAUGAUGAGACUGAUGACGAGAAGAACCUUUGCAAAGACAUGGACGAGAAGGCCAAAAUAGAUGAGAAGGACGAAAAUAAGGUCCACGAUUUCGAUGAAAACACCAAAGGCAUUCCGGAAUUCUGGUUAACUAUUUUCAAAAAUGUAGACUUGCUUGCUGAGAUGGUUCAGGACUAUGAUGAGCCUAUCUUGAAGCACCUAAUAGAUAUCCAGCUCAAGUUCCAUGAUGAACCAAUGGGCUUCACCUUAGAGUUCCACUUUAGUGAAAAUGAAUACUUCACCAACAAGGUUCUAACAAAAUAUUAUGAAAUGAAGUGUGUUCCAGAUAAAGAUGAUCCAUUUGGCUUUGAAGGACCUGAAAUCUUUAAGUGCAAGGGUUGCACCUUGGACUGGAAAAAAGGUAAAAAUGUCACAGUCAAAACAAUCAAGAAGAAACAGAAGCAUAAAUCUCGAGGAGCCGUGAGGACAAUCACCAAGACUCUGCAGAAUGACUCCUUCUUUAACUUCUUCAAUCCUCCACCGGUUCCUGAGGAUCCCAAUGAAGAGAUGGAUGAGGACACUCAGGCCUUGUUAACGGCAGACUUCGAGAUUGGACACUAUAUCCGGGAACGCAUUAUUCCCCGGGCAGUGCUAUUCUAUACUGGUGAAGCUUUAGAUGAUGAAGAUUUUGAAGAGGAGGAGGGAGAAGAAGGCGAGGAAGGAGACGAUGAGGAGGAGGAAGAUGACCCUGACUAUGACCCAUCGAAAGACAAGGCCGCCAAGGGUCAGCAGCCGCCAGAGUGUAAGCAGCAGUGACCUUCUGGCUGAGUGUAGGGUAUUUUUCCUUUGACGUUAAGCAGCAGCAUCUGGGGCCUUGGUGUCAUUACGUAUUUGGUGGCAUUAAACAUUUUCUUGUGGAUUUUCCAUAUGGAUAUGUUUCUUCUAUAGCUGUAGUGAAAGCAUGCUAACUACUGCAAACAUGUCAUUCCAAGUUUACAGUCUUGAAUGUCUGUAUAUAUUUCUUUUAUUAUUUUUUUUGAUCAUUAAUAGGAACAAAUUUGUAUAGGUGUUAACAGUAGCUUGUUGAUUUGAUGGAUAUUUCUUUUCAUUCUCAUUAUUUCCAGCUACAGGUGUUGCCACCAUACGAAUUGUUAAUUACUUCUCUCCAGUGCAGCUGAAAUCUCAUUGUACAUGAAUAUUAUUGAAAUGUUAUUUGAUGCAGCAGAAAGUUUAGAUUAAAUGUUAUUUGGUGCAACUGAAAGUUUAGAUCUGUUUUAUUCAAGUUUGAGAGAUUAAUGUCAUGUACUACUCCUGAAUAUUGUUGAGUUUGUACAAAAAAAAAUGUUCAGUACCAAUCUAAUAUUUAUAAUAGAUGUUACAGGGUCUUGGUGGGUCGGACAGACCUUGCUGUUGCCCUCUUCUUCAAGAGCAUCAAGGUUUGUUCCAAAGGACACUUGAAAAGUUCUGACUUGUGAUACGCCACUUUUUGAUAGGUUCAUCUGUGACUACUCAAGAUGUUUAGACUUAAAUAAUCUAGAUUUAUAUAUUUUUCAUUUUUUGACUGCAUUAUACGAGCUUUAACAACAAACUGCCUCUGUUGCAUGGACAUUAUGAAAACGAUAUUGAUACUUAUCACGGUCUGUAUUUAAUUUCGGAACUAGUUUUAUUUAUUUUAACUGAUAAAUCUAUGAAAUUGCGUAGUGGAAAGAAAGGUUUCAUGGUGUAACCAGUAAGCUUCAUAAAUCAAUGUAAUAGCUUUGUUACCACUGCAGCGAAAAUAUAUAUAUUUGCUCCUUUUUUUCA